UUCCAUCUGUUCGUCCCGGUCUUUCGAUACAUCUAUCGGCUGGCUCCCACUUCGCCUCUUUCCGAGAUCUCAUUUGCCAAGUCUGUGCUCUUGCUUUCCUCCUCGUGUUUAAAUCAUCCUGUGGUGUUUCAUACAUAUUCCCUUUUUCUCCACUACAGGGCACCCGGCACAACUGGUGCAUCUCUCUGUAUGUCUAUCUAGCGGGAGGGACGGUGAAUUCACAAUAUCCCUCGACAUGCCGACAGGCAAUACAAGGGCCAGUCUAUCUCCAACAGACACGACGCCCACAGGUGCUGGCAAUAACAGCAACCACGCUACACCCACGGCUGCCGCUGGGUCGAUGCCGAUUUCGCGGUCGGCCAACGCAACAUGGGACAAACCUGAAAGGGCGCGCACCAGCCAUGCCUGUGAACCUUGCCGCGAGCGCAAGACGAAAUGCGACGGUUCUCGUCCGGCUUGUCGCAGAUGUCUUCACACCGGCACUACGUGUUAUUACGGCUACGGCAAAGGCUGGAGGAAGCGGAAGACAGCAGAAGAUCUCACGGCGACGAGCCGUCGUCUUGCACGGUAUGAGAAUCUCCUCAACGAUAUCAUGCCCAUGGUUUCUUCCGAAGUGAGGGCUUUGAUCGACGACGCUCGUGACAACGUAAGUGUCCUGCCUGGUUUAUCUGAGUGUUUGUACAUGCUGAAUUUUUUGGACCAGGAUAAUUCAAACGGCUCAGAAACAAAUGACACCGAGUAUACUCUUGCUCCGCCUCGGCUCGAAUCGAGCAUGUCUUCUGGAGGACCUGGAAGUCGAAUCAUCCUUCCGCUGCCCGUACCCAGUCCGCAUGUGCCUUCGGUAUCACGAUCAUCUACUUCUUCAGGCACCUAUGAGCAUGUUGGCCCGCCGCCCACGCUCACCAAUGCGCUCUCUACACUGUCUACCGCGAGCUCAUUGGGGUCCCAGCGAAUGUCGCCCGACAACUCCACCCAAAUCACCCGUCUCCCGUCUAUCACCGCAGGUGGUAUCUUGAUCGAUGGGGAAUCAAAUGAUCCUUCACUGCCAAAGGCGCAAGCACUUCUGGAUGCUGGUGUAAUUUACGCGCAAGAUCGUUUGGGACCUCUACCUGCUUCUCCGACGGGUCGCGCGUCUUUUGGAGGUUGGUCAAACCAUGAACCACUGCCUCGCAGACCAUCUGCUGACAGUCGGAAGAGAAACCACGAGGGCGCACCAGUUCUCCCCUGGCUGAAAACCGUCGAAACCACUGCAGUCUCGAACUGAUGGCCUCCAAGUGCAGCUUGUUGCAGGGUCUCGAUCCCUGGCGAUAUGCAAAAGACUGUCAAGAACGAGUCAUGUCUCGAUACUUGACAAACGGCCGUGGGAUGGUCUAGACCUUCAAACGUGUUCUCUGGUGGGCACCACUCAGGUCUCCACGACCAGCGACAGGCGAUAUACCCAGGCCCAACCAGCUGUGUGGGCUACUGCGCGUGCAAAACAUAACCGCCAGUCAGCGGGCGACUCUUUGCGGGAUCCGGAAAAUUUCAACGAAUGGCAAAAUGGCCAACCGAACUUUUACCUCGGGUAUUAUUAUUGUGAUCAGCCAGUUUUGAUCACCGUGUCAUGAUGGCUUUUCACUUACGAUACUAGUUCGAUGGAUGGCACGUAUUUUGUUGUUGGUUGAAUAUCCAUCAUGGGCGAAUCUCGAUCGUACCCCGAGAGGGGGUUGUCUGGAUCGU